AUGAUCGCGUGGAACCAAGAGGAAUUGCUGGAGAUCUCGCAGUAUCUCGAGAGCUCGAGCAGUCGGUCACGUCGUCGCGAACGUCGGAGAUCAGGGUCUGGUCAGCACACUAACUCGAGUCAGAGCUCACGUCGUCGACAUUACAGUGGCGAGAACUCGAGCAGCUCGGCGACUUCCGCUGGGCGGAAGGAGUCGCCCAUACACGAUAAACAUUACGAUUACUCUGACAGCCCCACGGCCGAGAACUACGGGGAGAAGGAUAAAUUCUUCGAAGAAGAGUCGGUAGAGUCUGGACCGUGGACGGAGUGUCUGCCGACCGAGCGCUCUGGUAACUGGGCUGUCGUGUUCGACGAGGAUCGACAGGAGUAUGUGCGGAUUCGAGACAACCCACGAGCGAUCUGUAUUGAUGAGCUGGAUUGA